AUGAGGUCCGGUUCAGCCGCCGACCGUCCGCCACUCGUGGCGAACGCUGUGGUCUCCCUCGAGAACCGGAAUCGGGACAUUCCCUCCCUCAAUAAUCUUCUGUCACCAUGGCCCGAAGGAGCAUUCAACGGAGCACACUUCACCUGCAGACUAGCACGCAAACAAGGCACUAAAACCCCAUCUGACACCCCUGUAAAACUACUUGUCAUCAAAGGCAUCAACAUCAACAUCACAGAAGCACAAGUGAAAGACGAACUGGAAAACCAAGCUGCAUCCACCUUCAGCCACACCCUCAUCAUGGGAGACUUCAAUGCCAAACAUGUCGACUUCUACUGCAACAAAACAAACACAAGUGGCAGAGUACUCAAACAGAUCCUCAAUGACACCAACUUAACAAUCAUCAACACAAACGAACGCACUUACAUAUCUCCACUAACUGGCAACACAGACAUCCGUGAUAACAUCCAGGGCAUCACCAAGCCCGCUAUCCGCCGUCUGGCUCGCCGCGGUGGAGUCAAGCGUAUCUCCGGUCUGAUCUACAAGGAGACCCGCGGUGUGUUGAAGGUCUUCCUGGAGAACGUCAUCUGUGAUGCCUUCACCUACACCGAGCACGCCAAGAGGAAGACGGUGACCGCCAUGGAUGUGGUGUACGCUCUCAAGAGGCAUGGCCGCACCCUGUACGGCUUCGGAGGUUAA